CCGCCUGUACGUAAGCACGCAAACAUACAUACACAGAGACAUACACACGUUGAUCUUUGCUAAAAAGCGCCGACGACGGAUAAGCCGGCGAGCGCGCGUCCGGCUUUUUAUUAUCUAGCGGCAACCCGCGCCCUUCUCUCUCUCUCUUUCUCUCUCUCUCUUUCUCUCGUCUAUCGCCCUCCCGUCGCGUACUUUAUCCCUCAUGUCUGCGACAGGCGCCGGUAGCCACCUGUGCGUCCACGUUUCGGCAAAAUGCGACGUCAUCGCGUGCGCCGCAUACCGUAUACGCGCGCUUUCGAAUUUUCCCGCCGACCCCCCUUUCCGUUUUCCUCCCGCGGUCGCCGCGUGUCCUCGUCCUCCGUCGUUGCUCCGUCUCUCUCUCUCUCUCUUUACGAAGAACCUUUCGCGUAACGCGAGUGAUAAUUUCGAUCAUCUCGCGCUCUCACCCGAUGGCGGCGGAUGCGAACGCGACGAUUUUUAUUUCCACCUUCGCGCGAGACAAUGAACGACACGUGAGCAAGCGCGAGAUCACAUCGCGUCGCGAUUAACGAUCCGGAGAAUUGAAAUUUGAAAUUCGUUAAACACUGCUUGGCAAUCUCUGCUGUUCUUCUCUCUCUCUCUCUCUCUCUCUCUCUCUCACACACACACACCUGUCUCGCUGUCUCUCGUGCGAGAGUACCCUUUCUUUCUCUCUUUCUCCCUCGCCCCCUCCCCCUGCUCCCCUACGUGCUCGCGUGUGCACGUAUGCACCGGGACAGUUACACGAGCGAGCUGUAACUCGUCGACAACUACCACUGACAGAAGUGUUCUUCCGACUGCGAUUAACAACGCUAGUUAGACACGUGUCCCGUGUGAAACUCGUGUGUGUCUGCGGUCAAACUCGAAUGAACGAGACGGUGUUUAAUGUUGGGAGACCGAAAGGGAGAGAGAGAGAGAGAGAGAGAGAAUUAGAAGAAGGUGCAUAAGGUGAACCAGAGGGUAUCGAGGGGAACCAGAGAGCAUUGCUGUCCGUCGGUCAACGUCAGUCUGGUGUACGAAAUUCCUUGCGCAACAACAGACAGAGAGGGAAAAGUCGCGUGUCCGCGGCACAAGGCGAAAACAAGCGAAAGCGUGUAAGGGGGGAAAGGGGAAAGAGAGAGAGAGAGACAGAUACAGAGACGUACUUACUAGAAAUUCCCCUCGUGGGCACCGGCGCCGACAACCGGCAUCGGGCGAAAUGAUGUAGCAAAAGCUAUGAAUCGGAUAGGACGCGAGAACGAGGCAAGACAAUCGUAUCCGACGAUCCCGCCUGCAUGAAUAAAAGAACCGAAUAAAGUCCAGAAACCAAUUCGAGAUAAACGCGAGGGACUAGUAAUUAAGUGAUUCUACUAUAAUAGUAAACUUCGCGCUCGGGAAGACUAAUCAUAAAAUUGGAUCUCAUAAUGAUUAAAUCUCUUUAUUAUGGAACACGUUACCGCAAAGAGAGGGAAAAUUUAAUUAUAAUGUUCUGGAUCAAAUAGUUUCGCUGCGGAUUUCGAUAUGGAGGAAAUGCAAAGAAAUUGGCAGCGUCGAUUGUGAGACCACUUAGUAAAUGUAGCCGAACGUGUAAUGACGUGUCGUGCUCCGAUGGUAGAAUAAUUUUGGAAAGGAAAAUCAAGCGCGCAAAACUGCAGGCCGAGAGGCAGAGAAAAAUAAUUACAGAUUGAAUGCAAUUACCCCCUCGCACGUGUAAUUGUGAUCAUUGCUGAUAUAAAUUAGACGGAAGUUGACGAUUAAACAUGCUGACGAAUGCGCGUGUGAUUUAAAGAAGGAGACACGGAGAUGUAGCUUCAUUAUUACGCAGAUACUGGCGCGCCCUACGUAUUGUACAAAGAUAACAUGGAGAGACCCCAGGGUCAGUGGGGCCCGGGGCCGGGAUCUCUCCAGGACGGUGGACUGUACCCGCAGCAGCAACAACAGCAGCAACAGCAACAGGGUUCCUCCUCGUCGGGAAGCCCACAGCAGGCCUGUGGACCUCCGGUCGAGGGCGGCGAAAGCGGUCCCCCGCCCUCGUUAGCCUCGCCCGUGCCCUCACCAUAUCCCUCGGCGCCUCCCGAGCCACAAUCCUUGACUCCGCCGGACGAUGACAUACAGUCGAAUCAAGCCACGUCUCAGCAGCAGCAACAACAGCAGCAACAACAAACGCAGCAGCAGGUCCAGCAGCAACAGCAGCAGCAGCAGCAGCAGCAACAACAACAGCAGCAGCAGCAGCAACAAGUUCAACAGCAAUCUCAGCAGCAGCAACAAACGCAACAGCAAGAUCACUCGCCGCAACAACAAUUGACUCCUCACGCAGAGGUGGAUCGCAGCGAUUGCUUUCCCGGCGCCGGAGAGCUGCAACAAUAUCCGCAGCAUUAUUUCAAAGAGGCCCGGCCGCACCCUUCACCGUCCGUGCCACCGCAUAUGCUCACGCCCGGCGGCUUCUCCGCGCUGCACUAUCUCAAGCAACCCGGAGUAAUGCUUACGUCUCUCGGCCAAGGUGACGGCGGGCCGGGGCUGGACGCGCAUCAGUACGCGAGUCCGGGCGCGCCGAACAUGGCGACCGGGCUGCCUGACAUCGUGCAACAGAGCGGCAAAUCGUCCAAGGCCGGCAACAGCGAUCUACGUCUGUUCAAGUGCUUGACCUGCGGCAAAGACUUUAAGCAGAAGUCAACUCUGCUGCAGCACGAGCGGAUCCACACAGACAGCCGGCCGUACGGAUGUCCGGAGUGCGGCAAGCGGUUCCGUCAACAAUCCCAUCUCACGCAGCAUCUGCGCAUACAUGCUAACGAGAAGCCGUACGCUUGUGUAUACUGCGAGCGUACGUUCCGGCAGCGUGCCAUCCUCAACCAGCAUCUGCGCAUCCACUCGGGUGAGAAGCCAUACCAAUGUCCGGAGUGCGGAAAACACUUCCGUCAGAAGGCGAUCCUGAAUCAGCACGUCCGCACACACCAAGACGUGAGUCCGCACCUCAUCUUCAAGAACGGAAUGACGCCGACCCUCUGGCCGCAGGACGUUCCCUUUCCGCCCGAAGAGGGUAAGGAGGAGGUGGCGUCGACAUUCGGCGACACGGACACGCAAUCGGGUGCGUUCAGUCCGGCGCCGGACGCCAAUUCUAUCCAGUACCCGGCGUACUUCAAAGAUCCAAAGGGUGGCAAUCACGCGGUCUUCGGCGCAGGUGGUUCGGGCAGCUUCGGUGCCUUGCAGUACAUCAAGCAGCAGGGUGGCACGAAGAGCUGUCUACCCGACGUGAUACAGCACGGUCGCUCGGCCGGCAUGCCGUUGUACGUGCGCUGUCCGAUAUGUCAGAAGGAGUUCAAGCAAAAGUCGACGCUGCUGCAACACGGGUGCAUACACAUCGAGUCGCGGCCAUAUCCUUGCCCAGAGUGCGGCAAGCGAUUCCGGCAACAGUCUCAUCUCACGCAACAUCUGCGCAUCCACACGAACGAGAAGCCGUACGGUUGCGUGUACUGUGGACGCAACUUCCGCCAACGCACGAUCCUCAAUCAGCAUCUGCGUAUCCACACCGGCGAGAAGCCGUACAAGUGUCAGCAGUGUGGCAAGGACUUUCGUCAAAAGGCAAUUCUGGACCAGCACACGCGCACUCAUCAGGGCGAUCGGCCGUUCUGUUGUCCGAUGCCCAACUGCAGGCGGCGCUUCGCCACCGAGCCCGAGGUGAAGAAGCACAUCGACAACCACAUGAACCCGCACGCGGCCAAAGUGCGUCGGAACUCGAGCGGCGACACGAAGCCGCCCGGCACGCCCGCGGGCCUGGGUCCGGUACCCGUGCCACGCGGCCUCACGCCGACGGUCGUCAAGCCGGAGCUCUACUUCCCGCAGUGCUACGCGCCCGCGUUCAACCACCAGCCGCCGGUCUCCACCGCGCAGUUCCCUGGUGCCCAGGCGAACGGCGUGUCCGUGACCGGCGAGUUCAAGCCACCGACCGGUCUGCCGCCGCAGUGACUAACCGUCCAUCCUGCCGCCUACUAGCAAGCAGGAAUCCCCGCGCUGAGGUUUCAGCGCUGUUUCGGUCCCGCCGCCGCCGCGUUGGAGGCCGACGCAACGUCGAACGCCAUCGCCGCCGCUGCCGCCGCCGCCGCCGCGUCUCGAUGCGGCCAGCAACCGAUCCAGCAACAUUACCCGUGACAUUUAUCAUUGUGCAUUUACUAGAGUCUUCUUUAUUUUCGUCGUUUCACAACUCGCUCGCUCUUCUUGUUCCAUCGCUGCUUAGCAGAGAACCUCGGAACACGUCGCCCAGCUAGUCUCGAACUCGACGGUGAGAGUGCUUUUUCGUCGCGAAGAGAUCGCGUAACGCGAAUAUCCGAGAAACAUCGCAGAAACGUGUACCACACUACGUCGCUACGUCUCUGCUUGAUUCUGUCGGAUUUAAUUGUCUCUCCGAGAGAAAAUCGUUUAUCUAUCUCUCUCUAAAUCGUAGCGCAUCGGCUGUGAUGUAAAUAGAGAGAUAUAAAUUUCGGAGAUCGUUCGCGGAUACUUGUUUGACACAAGUGUCUUAGAUUUUCGCGUUAUUUGACACAAGCCGGAAAGACACGCGAUCGGGUCUCCCCCCCCCGCCCCCCGUCCCUGUAACAUUCGUGAGAAAUUAUCUGUUACGUACGUUGAAUAAAAUCGCGGAAAGACGACAAUCCCGGUUAGGAUUAUUGCUAUCGUUGCGUUGUUAUUAUCGAGAGCAACAAACGACGAUGCGAUUAUACUUGCUCAGGUAUCAAUCGAUCACUCGCGAUACUCAAACUCGUAGUAAGUUUGUGAUACACAAUUUUCUUUUUCGCUGUACACGAUCGCGACGCAACGUUCGUUACUUCCUCGUGAUCGUCCUCGCGUUAUUUUCCACUUUUCAGCGCGUCGGAUUAGUUGGACCCUUUAGGGAUUCCAAGAUUAACGCUUCGUUAUUGUUGGCGCACAUUGAGGCGACAGUUAAUCCGCCAACACACGCAAAUAACCGAUUCCCACUGCGAACCGCAUCUCCGAGUCGUCGAUCUCGCAUGUGAAGGACAAACGACGUGAGGAGGACAUGGAAAAGCUUGGAAAAGCGGCUGUCGCUCACCGUCGAGUUUCUCACUAGCCAGACCAAGGUAAAGUAACCAACGAAGAGUCUCGUCUAUUCCUCCGUACGUAUUUUUUAUAAUUAAUCGAUUACGACGUACCUUCUCGCGUUUCUUUCGUGGACAAGCGAAUAGCACGAGAGUUCGGGGCUUAUCCCGCGAGAACGUAGGCGAAUUCAAAGGGAGUUCUCGCGAAUCCGCCUCUGAAUCCGCCUAUCUUCCUCUCGCGGGAUGGUGCACGCGCCGCCCGGGGCGCUAUCGCUCACCGUUCAAGAUGCCACGUAUCGCCAAACGGGUUGAAGAUGUUCGAUUUCGACCAGACUAAAACGAUUGUGAUACAAUAUUUAACUUGCCUAUGUUUUAAAAGUUUCGCGGGAGAGAAAGAGAGAGAGAGAGAAAGAAAGAAAGAAAGAAAGAAUGAGUGAGUGAGUGAGUGAACGAGAAUAAAUGAGAUUGAGAGCGAAAUAAAUAUAUAUACAUAUACAUGGUAUAUACAUGUAUAUGUAUAUAUACAUAUAUAGAAAGAGAGAGAUAUGUUGUGCUUCUUGGAGGGGAGCGUUUACACGACCACGAGAAGAAUACCUGUAAAUAUGUAAAGCCGUUCACUUCAAACGAAAGAAGAAGAAAAACGAGGAGGAAAACAGACGAAGAAGAAAGGUGAAGUAUGCGAGCGCGUGCGAAUGAGACUGAGUGUGAAUGAGGCGAAAAAAUAAAGAGUACGACUGAACGUAAGAGAAUAGGAGAGAAGACAACAUAGGGGGUUGGGACGGGAAGGCGGGAGAGGGUAGAUAUGACGAGCGGAAGAAAGAUACGAGAGAUUAUAGGUAGAAUUUACGAGAACGACGCAUCCUCCCCCCCACUGUGCUGAGCCAUAGCUUUCGGUAGAUCGAGUUGCGAACGACGAUGACGAUGAUCCGCGAUAGAGUACGAAGGGGGAGGAGAAACGUAACAGGGGGGGAUGCGAUUUCUUGUAUACUAUAGUAAUAUUUGAAUGUAUAUUUAUACAGGUUAUAUUAUAUUCUAACUAUAUGACGAUAUUUUGAAUCGGUUUUAAAAUCAGAUUGGUGCUGAUAAAAAGAAAACUAGGUAAGCGAGUACGCGCGAAAAAACAAGAGGAGGGAACGUGGAAGAAGGCUGAGACACCGUAGAAGUUAGCGUUUAAGUAGCAUAGACGAUAGCGUAGCUCAAAGUAAAGAAAAGACUUUGAAGGACCGCGCUCGCACGGGGUCCGCUCACAUCUCGGAGAAUUAUCAUUAUCACUCUUUUAAAAAGAGGGGGAAAAAAAAGGAAAGGAAAGAAAAAGAAAAACAAUUCGUGGCAAUACUUAAAUGAAGAGCAAAAAAAUGAAAGAAGAGAGGAGGAAGAAGGCUUCAACGUAUUAGAGAAUAAUCUUUUAAAAUUUCUAUAUUAAGACGUGUGUGAUCUCUCUAAUUAUUGUACAUUACGUAAUGAGUCUAAAACUUAGACGACGAGAUGCGUUAGUAUAAUUACGAUUACGUACGUAUUAGGUGUUCUACAGUUAGUCUUUUGUCAUUUAGAGACACAGAGAUCUGAAGAUGAUAAUUGCGCGGCCAUAUUCUCUGUGGCCUGUUCGUAGUGCCUCGGAAUUGCUGCUCGCGGCAGUGAUUUGACCGUAUUUUUAGGAAGGUAUAUUGAAAAACCGCAAUUAUAUUAUACUCUCCAAUAUACAAUAUUAAAACAAAAAAGAAAAGGAAAGGGGGGGGGAAUCGCGUCGUGAGGCGUCGCGUUAAUAAAAUGACUCA